GCUUAGGCGAGACCUAAAUCGAGCAACUAAGGAAUCUGAAAAAGCGAAUCGCCUAUGUGAAGACUUGCGAGAACAACUAGAAUUAGCAAGGCAGGAUCUAGACUAUGCCAGUCCAUUAUGCAAAGAACUACGCCAGAAAUUGGAGCGAGCACGGAAUGAACGUGCCGCAUACAAGGCGUCGGCUGAAAAACUGAAGGCCGACUGCGAGCGAUUGCAGGAGGGCGCGCGGGAAGCGUUGGCAUGGAUCGAGGCCAAGAACUCCCAGUCCCCUGAGGGACCUUCUAAUCCUUAUACUCCGCACAUUCAGAAGAGGGGCACCAAGGCCAGUUUCCGGUACGGCGACAUCGUGAUGGACGUGGUAGAUCAGCGGGAUCACGAAGCAGUCAUCCGAGCGGCAGACACGGCAGAGAAGCGACACACCAAGGAAAUCCGCGGGAUGGCGCUACAAAUGCAGUGGAUGCAGGCAAGGUGGGAGCGCGAGGCUAGCUUGAGGAAUGACGCCGCUUUUGCCAAGAAAUUUUUGUCACUCCAAUUAGAGAUUGCUGAUGCUUGUAAUAAGGCAGACCUACGCAUCCUAAAGGGUAUACAUAAGCAGCUAGGGAUAAAAUCGCCUGACUCGUUGCUCUCGUCCAGGAAGCGGGGAGUAUCCAAGAAACCGCCAAAUAACCUAAAGAUUUUCGCAAAUGUACUGAGGGCGGUGGCGCGCAUGCGCAUCAGCGCGAGGAACUGGGGGGAACAAGAGAAGACGAGGAAGAAGCUGGUGAACGCGUGGGAGGAGAGCCAGAAGAGGGAGGCAGAGCUCGAGGUGCCUAUGUGAACUAGGUGCCGAUUGUUGUAUUUUUGUUAAUGGGCGCCGCCCGCGGAUGAGGAGUUGGAGGUUGUCGCAUUGACAUUACAUUGCCCUGUCCACGGACGGGUCCGGAGUUCGUGCGUUUGGUAUUGAAAUAUCGUUUGUUCUUUAUCAUCACCAUCACACCCUUUUCAAAAAAAGAAUUGGGGAUAGGGGCAUGGAAGGGCGGGUAUAUGGUAGGAUAGGAUAGGGUAGGGUAGGGUAGGCAUGAACGAGAGGAUAAAUUCAGUUUUGGUUGUGGACUUGAUACCUAUCAAAUAAAACGGUGUGUGAUGAGCGAGAACGAGAUUACAGAAUGCUUGGUUGAGGCUGUCUGUAGAUGUUAAUCUAUGUCUUGACUAUUUCGAGUUAUUGAUAUACGUCAUGUGCGCUCCUUGGCUAUGAAGUGAGUAUAUGCCCAGUUGGUUAUUGC